UGCAAGGAUCUUCGAGUAGUUGGGUCUAUAAAACCUCUACACGCUAAGAACCAGCUCCGUUAGUCGGUGAUUGGUGGUGGAAUCACACCCAAACCCGCCGUCCUUAGGAUGGCCAACACGAUGGAGGACUUUUGUGAGGAGACCAACUUCCCGGAGUCACCCUGUGCGAGCCCGUUUGAGCCUAUGCGAUUGCUUCCGAUGGACUUUCUGCAGAUCAACGGUCGCUUUACGCCACACUCGGCAUGUUCGACACGCAGCUGCAGUCUGGCCACGAGUCCUGUGCCACCGGAACCGGCUGAUGUGACGAUGGAACAGGAGUCUCCUGGGACGAGACCGCGUAAGUGGUCCUUGCCACAUCUACCAGCCGAGGCGAGCAAGUUCGAAGUUAGCGGUCGAGCAACACCCGUUUUUACCUGGAACCCGAUGCCAACUACUGGUCGUGUGGUGUACGCGCUCGAUGACAAGAGCCAGCAGAUCGUGUUCUCGCAGCUCGAACAGGAGGAAACAAUCGAGACGAGCGAGUCCGAGGUUUCGAACUCAGACGAGGACGCACCGGAGGACGACGCAUCGGAAGAGGACGAACCGGUGCAAGACGAUCAGAAGGGCCACGGCAAAAAGGACAUGUACCCGAACUGCGACGUGAACGUGUGGUUGCGAUCAUGCGAGCAUGAGAUCGUCGAACCGAUCGAGGGGAUUGUUCAGGGAACGGUACCGGAGUGGCUUAACGGGAGUCUACUCCGGAAUGGUCCUGGAAGUCUCAAGGUGGGCGAUAUGAUGUUUAACCACCUUUUCGACAGCUCAGCACUGUUGCAUAGGUUCAACAUCGAGGCGGGUAAGGUUACGUACCAAUGCCGGUUUCUACAGUCGGACGCCUACAAACGGAACACCGCCGCCCAACGGAUCGUUGUGACCGAGUUCGGCACCAGCGCAGUGCCGGAUCCUUGCCAGACCAUCUUUCAAAAGAUAGCGGCCGUGUUCAACAAACCGGGCACGAACAACUCCGACAACGCGAUGAUCUCGAUCUACCCGUUUGGGGAUGAAUUUUUCGCAUUCACCGAAAGCCCCAUCAUCCACCGAGUCGAUCCAACGACAUUGGACACGUGCGCGACCUUGAACGUGUCCGACUACGUAGGGAUCGUGAACCACACCUCGCAUCCGCACGUCAUGUCAGACGGUACGGUGUACAACCUCGGCUGUUCAGUCACCCGUACAGGUCCAGCUUACACCAUCAUUCAGUUCCCGCAAGGUCCUGGGAUGUUCGAGAACGCGCGCAUUGUCGCAUCCGUGCCGGCACGCUGGAAGUUUCAUCCAGGGUACAUGCACACGUUCGGCAUUACGGAGAACUUUUUCGUGGUGGUCGAGCAACCGUUAAGCGUGUCCGUACCGACGAUGGUGGUUGGGCAGUUGAGAAACCGACCGAUGGCGGCAGCUCUGAAGUGGUUUGAGCGUCAGCAGACACACAUCUAUCUGCUGGAUCGGGAUACGGGCGAGCUGCGGCACACGUACCACACCGAACCGUUCUUCUAUCUGCACAUCAUCAACCAGUACGAGCGAGAGGGCCAUGUCGUGCUUGACAUCUGCUGCUAUAAGGAUCCGGCGAUGCUGAACUGCAUGUACGUCGAUACGAUGCGAAACAUGCAGCAUAAUCCGGAUUACGCGCGGAUGUUCCGUGGCCGACCAUUGCGGUUCGUUCUGCCGCUUGAGUACGGUGAAGCGUUUUCAGGACGCAAUGGCAAGCGGGCGGCCUUUCGAAGGACCUCCUCGCGGGAUCAGGACGCAGCCGCAGCUGCCGGUGCAUCUUGGGCCGGUAUGUGGCAAAGUCUUGGAUCUUUCGAUGCAGCAGAACCACCGAAGGACACCGAUGGUGUAUGGCAGGAAUCACCCAAGGAUACCACCGGAUCGGACGGACUCGUCCUGCGAAAUCUCGUGCGACUCGCGGACACUAAAGCGACGGCUUACGCCAUGCCAAACCGGACCGUCUUCUGCAAACCGGAGCUGUUGUGUGAUUUGGGUUGCGAGACACCACGCAUUUACUACGAACGGCAUCUGGGACGAGCAUAUCGGUACUUCUACGCCAUCAGCUCAGACGUGGACGCAAGUAACCCGGGAACCCUCAUCAAGGUGGAUGUGGUGUCGAAAAGCCGCCUCACGUGGUGUGAAGCGAACGUGUACCCAAGCGAACCGAUCUUCGUGCCAGCACCGGAGCCGAAAUCUGAGGACGAUGGUGUCGUCCUUGCGGCGAUGGUGUGGGGUCGUGAGGAGGAGAACCGUGCGGGGCUGCUCGUCCUGGACGCGAUCACCUUCACGGAGUUGGGUCGGUGCGAGUUCGUCACACCCGGACCGGUACCAAAGUGUCUGCAUGGAUGGUUUCAGCCCUCUGCCAAAUGACUUUCCGGUCCUUGCGGAUGUUCCCGGAAGUGACCGGAACCCGUGUGUGUCACGUUUUGGAGAGAUACCCGGAUGUUGAGAACCAAACAGUCCGCGGAGUUGUUGUUAAAAACGCUGUGCUACCUGUUACUGUUAUUAAGCUCGUUAUCAGAUGUUAACACAAGCCAGAACCGCAAUCAGCAAACGUUGUUUGGAAAUAAAGCCAAGGCCCCG